AUGGAUGAAGAAGGUGGUGGUGCAGAGUCAUCUAAAUUUCUCCUAUCUCAUGAUGAUCCUGAGAGAGCCGUUGACCCUGAGAUGCAGGCGAGACUCGAGGCCCUGCUGGAAGCAGCCGGUAUCGGCAAACUGUCUGGCGAGGGCAAGCACCUGGCGGCGGCCUACUCCGCCAUGGACGUGGACGGCGAGACCGACUCCAACCACGACACCGCGCUCACGCUCGCCUGCGCCGGCGGCCACGAGGACCUCGUCGAGCUGCUGCUCUCGCGCGGCGCCGACAUCGAGCACAGGGACAAGAAGGGCUUCACCCCGCUGAUCCUGGCGGCGACGGCGGGCCACGAGAAGAUAGUGGAGAUCCUGCUGAACCACGGCGCGGACAUCGAGGCGCAGUCGGAGCGGACCAAGGACACGCCGCUCUCGCUCGCGUGCAGCGGCGGCCGGUACGAGGUCGUCGAGCUCAUCCUCAGCCGCGGCGCCAACAAGGAGCAUCGAAACGUGUCCGACUACACGCCGCUUUCGCUGGCGGCGUCCGGCGGGUACGUGAACAUCAUCAGGCUGCUGCUGCACCACCAGGCCGAAAUAAACUCUCGGACCGGUUCCAAACUGGGCAUAUCUCCGUUGAUGUUGGCGGCGAUGAACGGUCACACGGCGGCCGUGCGGCUGCUGCUCGACUGCGGCUCGGACAUAAACGCGCAGAUAGAGACCAACAGGAACACCGCGCUCACGCUCGCCUGCUUCCAAGGACGGCACGAGGUGGUGAGCCUGCUGCUGGACCGCAAGGCGAACGUGGAGCACCGCGCCAAGACGGGGCUGACGCCGCUGAUGGAGGCGGCCAGCGGCGGCUACGUGGAGGUGGGCCGCGUGCUGCUCGACAAGGGCGCCGACGUGAACGCGCCGCCCGUGCCCUCCUCCAGGGACACGGCGCUCACCAUCGCCGCCGACAAGGGGCACACCAAGUUCGUCGAGCUGCUGCUGCAGAGGCGAGCGGCGGUCGAAGUGAAAAACAAAAAAGGAAAUUCCCCCCUGUGGCUGGCCGCCAACGGAGGCCACCUGACCGUGGUGGAGAUGCUGUACACGGCCGGCGCGGACAUAGACUCGCAAGACAACAGGAAGGUCUCCUGCCUGAUGGCCGCUUUCAGAAAGGGCCACACCAAAGUAGUCAAAUGGAUGGUCGGGGUCGUCACGCAAUUCCCCUCCGAUCAGGAAAUGACGAGGUACAUCUGCACGAUAUCGGACAAGGAGCUGCUGGAGAAGUGCCAGGAGGGCGUGCGCGUGAUCCGCGCCGCCAAGGAGAUGCAGGCGGCGCGCGCCAACCAGAACGCGACCAUCCUGCUGGAGGAACUCGAGACCGAGCGCUGCCGCGAGGAGAGCCGCCGCCAGGCGCAGGCGCGCCGCCGCGAGCGCAAGAAGAAGAAGAAGAUGGAGAAGAAGGAGGAGCGCCGUAAGCUCCAAGCGGAGAACGAUAAGAAUUCGAUGUACAGCGAGAAAGCGCUCGGCGACUCCGAGGGCGGCGAGCCGGACGACGAGCCCGCCGCCAAGGAGGAGGGCGACUCCGGCAUCGACGCUAACUCACAGGGCUCAUGCUCUUCCUCGGACGUGAAGGCUCCGCCCACGCAGAGCACUAAGUGUAAGAAGAAGAAGAAAGAGGAGAAGAACUCGCCCCCGCCCCAAGCGCCCCCCAACAAGAAACACCCGGACAAAAGCAAACCUAAACUAGACGCAAAAUCUGACAAAGAGAACCCUCCGAAAAGUGACAAGAAAGAGAAGGAGAACGUGGCGCCGACCUCCGCGCCCGCGCCCGCCUCCGCCCCCGCCCCCGCCCCCGCGAGACUCACAGACCGCAGGGAUAAGGCGCAGACCACACUAAAACCCGAAGAGGAUAUCCCUAAGAGCAUAACAGUACAGAAUAUUAAUAAAUAUGGCGGUAACUCUAGAAAGAGUCAAGUGUUCGAAUCCACUAGGCACAAUGUGGGCAAAGAUGAGUUUGACACGUCCGACAAAAGUAAAAAGAUUCACAAGUAUCAUCAGUAA